GCUUUGAAAGACUUUGGAAAUUGGCAACACCCUGUCGCCGGAAGGAAGGUGUAUGAAAGAGAGAGAAAAAAAAAAAAAAAAUUAUCAAACAAUUUUCAAACUGGCAGUGGCCCCAUUUUUCCUCUACUUUAUCACCCAAAGACAAACUUCUAUUAUUAUUCCUUUCAAGAAUCCGUAAUUGUCUCAAUUCCUCUUUAGCAGAAGAAGAAGAAGAAGAGGAAAGAUGGUUGUAGCAGUGAUGGGUAUGGAUUCGCUUAGUGAGAGAGCUGCGAAGAUGAGAGAGGCUCUUCAGAAAAGCCAAACUAUAACUGAUAAUGUCGUCUCUAUUCUUGGCUCUUUUGACAGCCGUCUCUCCGCUCUCGAGACAGCCAUGCGUCCAACUCAGAUAAGAACGCAUGCUAUAAGGAAAGCUCACGAGAAUAUUGAUAAGACUUUAAAGUCUGCAGAGGUCAUAUUGGCGCAAUUCGAUGUUUCUCAUCAGGCAGAGGCUAAAAUACUUAGAGGACCACAUGAGGAUUUGGAAAGUUACCUUGCAGCAAUUGAUCAGCUAAGAAGCAUCAUUCGUUUUUUCAGCAGUAGUAAAGGCUUUAAGAGCAGUGAGGCAGUGCUCAACAAUGCAAAUGAUUUGCUUGCUAAAGCUAUCUCAAAGCUGGAGGAGGAGUUUAAGCAGCUAUUAGCGUCUUAUAGUAAGCCUGUGGAGCCUGAUCGUCUCUUUGAAUGCCUCCCUGAAUCAAUGCAACCAUCUUCAGGUUCACCUGCAAACCAUAAUGGUGGAAAACAUCAUAAUCAUUCUGAACAACAUAAUGAUAGUUCAGAAACUGGGGGUUUCAAACAUCUCACUCUUAUACCUCCAAGGAUUCUACCUUUAUUGCAUGAUUUAGCACAACAAAUGGUUCAGGCAGGACACCAGCAGCAAUUACAUAAAAUCUAUGGGGAUACCCGCUCUUCAGUUUUGGAAGAAAGCCUCCACAAGUUGGGAGUUGAAAAGCUGAGCAAAGAAGAUGUGCAAAAGAUGCAGUGGGAGGUGUUAGAGGCCAAGAUUGGGAAUUGGAUUCAUUUCAUGCGCAUUGCUGUCAAGGUCCUUUUUGCUGGAGAGAGAAGGGUUUGUGAUCAAAUAUUUGAUGGGUUUGAUUCUCUUCGAGAUCAAUGUUUUGCUGGAUGUACUGCUAGUAGUGUCUCAAUGCUUCUUAGUUUUGGUGAGGCAAUUGCAAGAAGCAAGAGAUCACCAGAGAAGUUAUUUGUACUUCUAGACAUGUAUGAGAUUAUGCGAGAACUUCACUCAGAGAUCGAGGAAGUUUUCAAUGGUAAAACUUGCUCUGAAAUCAGGGAAUCUGCAUUUGGUUUGACCAAGCGGCUUGCACAGACUGCUCAAGAAACAUUCGGUGAUUUUGAAGAAGCAGUUGAAAAGGAUGCAACAAAAACUGCUGUGUUAGAUGGAACUGUCCAUCCGUUGACUAGCUAUGUGAUUAACUACGUGAAGUUUCUCUUUGAUUACCAAUCAACCUUGAAACAACUCUUCCAAGAAUUUGAGAGCGGAGCUGAAACAAGUUCACAGUUAGCUUCUGUGACAAUGCGAAUAAUGCAGGCUCUUCAAACAAAUCUUGAUGGUAAAUCUAAGCAGUAUAAAGAUCCAGCUUUGACUCACUUGUUUCUCAUGAACAACAUCCACUACAUGGUCAGAUCUGUACGUAGAUCUGAAGCCAAGGACUUAUUAGGGGAUGAUUGGGUUCAAAGACACAGAAGGAUUGUGCAGCAGCAUGCAAAUCAAUAUAAAAGGAAUGCUUGGGCAAAGAUUCUACAAUGUCUCUCUGCGCAAGGCCUAACCUCAUCUGGGGGUGGUAGUGCAGUGCCGGGUGAGGGAGGAAGUGGAAGUGGGGCUUCAAGGGGGUUGGUUAAAGACAGGUUCAAGAUCUUCAAUGCUCAAUUUGAGGAGCUUCACCAAAAACAAUCUCAGUGGACUGUUCCUGACACCGAGUUGCGAGAGUCUCUCAGGCUUGCUGUUGCUGAAGUACUAUUACCUGCCUACAGAUCUUUUGUGAAACGAUUUGGGCCUCUGGUUGAGAGUGGGAAGAAUCCCCAAAAGUACAUCAAGUACACAGCCGAGGAUCUAGAAAGGAUGUUGGGUGAGUUCUUUGAGGGGAAGACCUUGAAUGAACCGAGGCGGUAGUUUGGUAGUCUUGAUGAACGCUGGUACUGCAUUGGAUCUGGUGCUCCUUUAGUACAUGAUUUUGCACUCUCAUGGAGAGGUUAAAAGUUGGCAAAGGGUAGUGUUAUUUGCAUCUACUUACUAGUUGUUGACUGUAGUGUUGUGAAUAAAUUAGAGUUCAAAAAAGAAGCCCCUAAAAGAGAAAUAAGACAACCAUCUUUAGCUGUGAAUGCUUUUGUAAUCUGUAAAGAUUUAACUGUAUCUCAUAUCAGGUCAGAUCAGAUCAGAGGGGCGUGAUGAAAUUAUAAAAGAUGCCUUGUUUCUUUGAUUGUACGUAUUAAAUUUUCACUGAUAAAAUGUCAUGAGAUUUGUACAACUUUAUCUCACAUCAUGUAAGAUUCAGUUUCACUUUUCUGCCUUUC